UAUCUUUAUUUAUUUUUUAAUCAAUAACAUUAUUAUCGUAAUAAACUUACGAAACUGAAGUUAGCCGACGUCUAAUCAUUUUUCGAUUUUUUUUAAAACGAUAAAUUAUAAUAAAAAAAAUAUUUGAAAAUAUUGCACCUGUAGUUUUUUAAAUUUUCUACAUGUGCAUAUUUUUAUUUUUUAUUUUUUUGCAAUUGAUUUGUUAAAAAAAAAAUACGAAGGUUUUUAAUUGUCCGAUAACUUCAGGAUCAUAUAAACUUAAUUAUUAAUUUUAGUUUCCGCAUGGACGAUAAAUUUAGACAAAGUAUUUAAUUACUUAGCCGGCCAUAAAGGUGCAGUGAAGACAACUAGUCUCUCAUCCUUCAAUUUGCGGUUUCAUUACAACGUCCACGGACAAUAUUCUUCAAGUAUGGAGCUGUAAUUUUAAAGAUAAAUCUGAAUCCUUUUCAAACCUUGGAGCAAUAACUUCAAUGGGAACUAAUGAAUCAUUUUCACUAGUAACUCUAGGAACAAAAUUAACUUUUUUUUACACACACCAGCUUUAUUUAUUUUACUCUCCACUUACUGCAAAACCAAAUAUUUUAUUGUCUACCCAAAAUCUAAUUCAUCCAAUUGGCAUUGUCGUCAGUAAUAAUUAUGAUCAUACAAUAAGUAUUUUAUCAUCUGUUAGUGGAAAACAAAUAAAUGUUAUUGUCCUGCCAUCAAAUGUUGAUCCAAUUCCUAUGUCUUACAGUUCAAUCACCACUGACAUUUAUAUAGUUCUGAUGAAGAUACAAAAUAUCAUAAUCUUAAAUUUUAAAAUAUAUCCAAUGAAGAUUAAGUAAAAAAACAACGAGGAAGAACCGUCAGUAAAGCACCCCUAGCGCUUUCGCGCUUGAGGUGUGCAAUAACUUUCAAACUCAAUUGCAAUAAUUAUUAUUAUUUAUUUUAAAAAUAAAAUACUUUUAUUCAUAGAAAUUCAUGGACAAGUGAAAAAAGAAUAACAACUGUCGUAGUAUACGAUCAUCAUCAACAAAUUGAAUCUAAUCGAAAGUUUUAUUAUAAUUAAUUAUUUAUCUGUAUUUAUAGCGCCCGAUGAUUAAAAUACUAUUUUUUAAUUAAUUUAUAGAAUAUCAAACUGCGAAUCCUAAUUAUAGGGGAACUGAUAUUAUAAUGAAUUAUAAAUAAUUAUAAGCAAUGAUUAUAAAUUUGUUUUUUAUUGUAAAUUUUAAAUUGAACCAAUAAAUAUACAUAAUAUGA